AUGGCCAAUUUUUCCUCCUUUGUCACUGUCCCACUGUUUUCAGCAGCAUCUCAGCUUCAGGUGGGGGUAGCAAAAACCCUUGGUCAAAUAGACUUACAGAAUGCUCCUGCGACAGUUUCAUCUAAGGUGAACAUCAUCCAGCCAAUGCUGACAAAUCCAGUAAUAACAUCUUCCAAUCCUGCUCACAAUGGCCGGGUGUGCAGCACAUGGGGCAACUUCCACUUCAAGACGUUUGAUGGAGACAUAUUCUCCUUCCCUGGGCUCUGUACUUAUGUUUUUGCAUCCCAUUGCAAUGCUCCCUAUGAGGAUUUCAACAUCCAGAUUAGGCGCACAGUAGUGGAAAAUGCUCCAACAAUCAACCGUAUCAUCAUGAAACUUGAAGGCGUAGCUGCUGAACUGACAAAGGAUGUUGUCAUGAUCAACAGCAACAGAGUUCAACUGCCAUACAUCCAAUCUGGAAUUAUGAUAGAGAAAAGCAGCAUUUAUGUGAAAGUUGCCAGCAAAAUGGGUAUUGUGCUAAUGUGGAAUGAAGAUGACAGUGUCCUGCUGGAAUUGAAUGAGAAAUAUGCCAAUCAGACCUGUGGACUUUGUGGGGACUUUAAUGGCUUUCCGAUUUACAAUGAGUUCUAUUCAAACAAUAUUAAGCUGACAGCCUUGCAGUUUGGGAGUAUGCAGAAAAUGGAUGGGCCAACAGAACACUGUGAAGACUCCAUUUCUACCCCACCAGAUAAUUGCACCAAUAAUUUUGAUGACAUAUGCCAGAAAACAUUGACCAGCUCUGCAUUUGCAGAGUGUAAUAAUCUAGUUGAAGUUAGAGAAUACAUUACGGCUUGCCAAGAUGACUUGUGCCACUCUGAAGAGUCUAAAAAUGCCUCAUGUAUCUGUGACACCUUUGCUGAAUACUCCCGGCAGUGUGCUCAUGCUGGCGGACAUCCUCAGAACUGGAGAACCUCGAAACUGUGCCCCAAGAAGUGUCCUUACAACAUGCAGUACCAGGAGUGCAGCUCCCCCUGUGCUGACACAUGCACCAAUUCUGAAGGAUCUCGGUUUUGUGAGGAGCAUUGUAUAGACGGUUGUUUCUGCCCCUCAGGGACUGUAUUUGAUGACAUCAACAAUUCUGGCUGCAUUCCCCAUGAACAGUGCUCCUGUGUUUACAAUGGCAACACCUACGCUACCGGAACUUCUUUUUCAGAGCAGUGCCGUACCUGCACUUGUAAUGGAGGCCAGUGGAGCUGCCAGAAGAGGUCAUGCCCAAGUACAUGUUCACUAGAGGGAGGUUCACACAUUUCCACAUAUGAUAAAAAACGCUAUGAUCACCAUGGAGACUGCACUUACACCCUUUCUAAGCACUGUAAAGAUGAAACCUUCAUCAUCCUGGUAGAACUGUCCAAAUGUGGCCUAAGAGACUCUAAGACGUGCUUAAGGACAGUGACCCUCAACAUGACUACAGGAAAAACUCUAAUCGAGGUCAAACAUGAUGGUGAUGUGCUUGUGAACAAGAUCCACACCCAACUGCCCUUCUCAGCAGCUAAUGCCAUUGUGUUCAGACCUUCAUCAUUCUUCAUCAUCAUACAGACAAAUUUUGGUGUCCAACUUGAAAUUCAAAUCACACCCAUCAUGCAAGUAUUUGUGCAUCUGGAUCCUAUUUUCAAAAACCAGACCUGUGGUCUCUGUGGAAAUUUCAAUGAUAAGGGAACUGAUGACUUCAGGACCGAAAGUGGCAUAACUGAAGGAACAGCAACAGCAUUUGCGAAGGUGUGGCAAGCCCAGGCUGCAUGCACUGAUAUCAAGCAGAGUUUUGAGAACCCUUGUACACUCAGCAUUGAUAAUGAAAAAUAUGCUCAGCAUUGGUGUGGACUACUAACUGACAGCAAAGGCCCUUUCGCUAACUGUCACUAUGCAGUGGAUCCCUCUGUUUACCACACGAACUGCAUGUUUGACACAUGUGACUGUGAAAAUAGUGAGGACUGCUUGUGUGCAGCCCUGUAUUCCUAUGUGAGAGCUUGUGCUGCAAAAGGAAUCCAGCUGCAUGGAUGGAGGACUGAUAUCUGCACGAAACACACUACUUCAUGUCCCAAAUCCCUAAGCUACAGCUAUACCAUUUCUUCCUGUCAACCCACUUGUCGGUCUCUGAGUGAGCCUGAUGUCACAUGCAACAUUAAGUUUGGCCCAGUUGAUGGCUGUACCUGCUUAAAUGGAACCUACCUGGAUGACAGUGGCAAAUGUGUGCCUCCUAAUGAAUGCCCCUGCUACUACAGAGGAUCUCCCAUACCAUUUGGAGAAGUUGUCUAUGAAAAUGGGAUUGUAUGCACUUGCACUGAGGGAAGGCUGAAUUGCAUUGGACCACCCAAUCCAACUCCAGUCUGUAAAUCUCCCAUGGUCUACGUCGACUGUAGAAAUAUCACUGCAGGAACAACUGGACCAGAAUGUCAAAAAAGUUGCCUGACUCUGGAUACACAGUGUUAUAGCAUGCAAUGUAGAUCUGGCUGCGUGUGCCCAGAUGGGCUUGUGUUAGAUGGGAAAGGUGCUUGUAUUCCUGAAGAGGAAUGUCCAUGUAUUCACAAUGAAGCUAUGUACCAGCCUGGGGAAAAUAUCAACGUUGACUGUAACACCUGUGUAUGCAAGAAUAGGAAGUGGGAAUGCACCAAAAAUCAAUGUCUGGGCACUUGUGCUGUUUAUGGAGAUGGUCAUUAUAACACCUUUGAUGACAAAAGGUUCAGCUUCAAUGGAAACUGUGAAUACACACUAGUCCAGGACCACUGUGGGAAGAGUGGCACAGGCAAUGGGACCUUCAGGGUUAUCACUGAAAAUAUUCCCUGUGGCAACACUGGGACAACUUGCUCAAAAGCUAUCAAAGUUUUCUUAGAGAGCUAUGAACUGAUACUUCAUGAGGAGCAUGUCAGCGUCAUAAGGAGAGGAAAAAAUGAUGAGGUGCCAUACACAGUCCGCUAUAUGGGUAUGUACUUGGUAAUUGAGACCACAAGCGGACUGAUCCUCAUGUGGGACAAGAAAACCAGCAUCUUCAUCAAGCUCAGCCCUGAUUUUAAGGGCCAGGUCUGUGGCCUCUGUGGAAAUUAUGAUGGCAAUGGCAUCAAUGACUUUACUACAAGGAGUCAGUCUGUAGUGGAGAAUGUCCUAGAGUUUGGAAACAGCUGGAAAGUAUCCUCUACAUGUCCUGAUGCUCACAGCAUAAACGACCCGUGUUCUACCAACCCUUUUCGAAAGUCCUGGUCAGAGAAGCAGUGUAGCAUCAUCAACAGCAACGUCUUUGCUGCCUGUCAUUCUCAGGUUGAAUCAGCAAAAUAUUACCAAGCGUGUGUGACAGAUGCUUGUGCAUGUGACACUGGAGGAGACUGUGAUUGCUUUUGUACAGCAGUAGCUGCCUAUGCUCAAGCGUGUAGUGAAGUCGGUGUCUGCAUAGCCUGGAGAACCCCGUCAAUCUGUCCACUGUUCUGUGAUUACUACAAUCAACAAGGGGAAUGUGAAUGGCACUAUAAGCCUUGUGGAGCCUCCUGUAUGAAAACCUGUAGGAACCCAAGUGGAAAAUGCCUCCAUAACUUGCCAGGUUUAGAAGGCUGCUACCCUAACUGCCCACCAGACAAGCCGUAUUUUCAUGAGGAUCAGAUGAAGUGCGUCAGUCUCUGUGACUGUUAUGAUAAUGAAAAUGGAAAGAUAUAUAGACGGGAUGAAUGUAAUUUAUGUGAAUGCACAUCAGAAGGUUUACAGUGCAAGUUUGAUGAAAAAGCAUGCUACUGCAUUUAUGAAGACAAGAGGUAUAAAUAUGGUCAACUGAUCUACAACACCACAGAUGGAAUCAGUUGGUGUAUCAGUGCAACAUGCGAUGUCAAUGGAACAAUAAACAGAAAUACCUUUAAAUGUGACAUGAUUACAACAACUCCGUUUACAUUUUCUACAAGUCAGCCCACAACUGCUGCUUCAGGUAUGCAUUAAUACUCUUUAAAUUAACUGGAAAAAUCUCUGGAAGGACCUGAAAAUUGCCUGAAAGGGAGGGCCUUUUAGUUAAUGGCAUAUAACUUUACUUGAAACCGUUGACUUCUGCUGGAGCCACCAAUUCAUCUGGCAGCUUCAGUUGCUAAAGAAGACCUUAAUCAAGGAUGUAGAAAUGAGUACAGCAUUUCUUACAAACUCAGUCUCCACUGUUUCACCAGGGCUUUUCCAGGGGAAAGAAAAUAAUAGAGCUUAUUAAUCGUUGCACCCUGGAGAAUCUCCUCAUUUCCUUGCAAAUAAAACCCAGCAGUUCUAGACCAACUUCUGCAAACACAAAAGACAAUUACUGCCAUUUUUAAAAUUACUUCUUAAAUUACAUCAGCGUGAACUGACGAUAAGAAAUCUAGUUUGAGGGAAUGCUCAAAUUAUUUAAAGCCAUUCUUAAGAAGUUCUCCUAAUUGUAUUUAAUAAGCAAAUCAACAGUUUCCUUCUACUCCUUCCUUUACAUUAUUCCUGCAGUUAACUCAUUAUAGUACCAUGUAAAUCUGAGAAGUUGUAAGGAAAAUUUCCACAGAAUUAUACAAUACUACAGCAAGAACUAAAAAUUCAACUUUAAGUCUUCUACUAAGUAAUAUUCAUAUAAAGUGGUAUAUAUUCCUCAUG